AUGGAUAAAGCGCAAAAGAAAAUGGAUGGGACCGAAGAUUUCAAAAUCCAGAAGCUGGAUGUGGAUCCAAGUCCUACAAGGCAGGAGACAGACACAGAAGAAGACAAUGGCGAUCUGAAUGAACUAGCAUUAGCGGUAGUGAAGAGUGCCGUCAGUGCUGCUGUUAAGACUGUGGCAGAAGAAGAAAAGCCCAUCAAAAAUAUCAAAUGGGUCACACACGGUGAAUUCACCGCAGAAAGGGGCCAUAAGCAAAUUGAGGAGUUCAUUCUGACUUGGGAGUAUCAAAACCGCUGGGUGUACUACAUAGAGUUUAUAGAGAGGGAAGACUUGGUUCACAGCUACCACUAUAACUACUGUGUGCGCUGGAGCAUCCCGACUGCUAAGAAACCCAUGCCCCAAGUCACCGCCUCUGCCUACUUCACCAUCAAGAUCAUCAAAAACAAACCUCUAGAUAUGCCCAUUGAGGUCUUUUAUAUCUUUGAGGGCCUUUCGUUAGUUCACAGACCAGGAAUGACUCGCUUUCAAGAAAAAUGGCUGAGGGAUAUUAUCGAGGCCAAAAAUACUUUAAUGGAGUCAAUUUCCUUCUAA